GCCCGAUCCACGGAAUGCCUCACCUCAAGUCCCUUAUUCGUUUUGCAAGCUUCCAAUCGUACUUCGGAGAGGUUCGAAUAGUCCCAAUCACCUGAUAAAAUGCAAAUGGCCAAACUUACAUAGGUACUUGUAUACUUGCAAGUUAUCAUGCCAUCUUCACAUGAAUGGCCAUUCACUGGUCGAAUCGACGGGAGUUAGAUAGUGAGAUUGCAUGUAUUUCUAAGUCUCUAGGUUGGUCCAGACCUUACUCCGGGAAAUGUACAGACUUAUGCAUGACUGAUGCUCGCUUCGAACAUUGCCACGGCCAAGCGAGAUAGCGUGGGGAGUGGGGAGAAGUAACAUAAUGGGAACACAGAAGAGAUGGAUAUAAGUACACCCACUCCCCUCACCCUUUCCUGCAACUGAGAGACAUCAAGGGCCGCUAGAAUCCGUCCUACAGACAUCUCUUUGCUCUUAAGUCUAUCACCCCUCGAUCUCCAACCUCGCCGAAAUGGCUCUCACCCAAGCCCAAGCCCAAGCCCAAGCCCAAACGGGCCAAACCCAACCCGCCAUUGGCUACGCCUUCCCCUCUCCCGCCCAGAAAAUCGAAAGCAAUCGACUAGACGUGCAGCACCGGCUCCUUGUCCUCACCGCCAAUGACCAGCUCCACCGCGCCCCCUUAGACCCCACCUCCGUCCGCAACGCGCUCGACAUCGCCACCGGCACCGGCAUCUGGGCCACCGAAUUCGCCCGGGAGUUCCCCGCCGCUAAUACCGUCGGCUUCGACAUUACAUCGCACCCGCAGCACAGCGCCGCUGAUAUCCCUUCGAACUGCACCUUCGAGGUCGCCGACAUGCGCAACGAUGCUACGUGGAGCGGCGAGCCGGACGCGAACGCUGCGUGGACGAUGCCGAAGAGCGUGCCGUACGAUUACGUCCACGGGCGCAUGCUGAUGGCCGUGGUGCAGGACUGGCCGAAACUCAUGGCGCGAUGCUAUGAGAAGAUGGCGCCGGGCGCGUGGAUUGAGUUCCAGGAUCUGAACCUACCCAUGAGCACGCCGGACCCGGAGUGCACCGCGGAGUCGUCCCCGAUGUUCACCUGGGCGAUGCUGUUCCAUGAGACGUUUCUAAAGAUCGGGUAUGAUUUCGGUGCGGCGGCCCAGCAUGCGCAGCGGCUGAGGGACGCGGGGUUCGUCGAUGUGCAGGAAUUCGAUGGGAAGUGGACGGUCGCGGGCCCGGUGCCGGACUCGGAUCGGGAGAGGCAGAUGCACGAGAUGGCGGUAAGUGUGGUGAUCGAUGGCGUGGCUGGGUUCACUAGAAAGGCGUUUAAGGAGGUGCUCGGUUGGACGGAUGAGCAGGUCGAUGAGGUCGUUGCUGCGGUUCAACAUGAGUCGCGGAAUGGGAAGUACAGGAUCAUCGCGAACUUUAAAUAUGUCUUCGGGCGGAAGCCUCUAUAAACCCAUACUACAUUGACGGUAAUUGACCAGUUAUUCGGAGACAAUGGGGCUCAAGGUUAACUUUAAUAGAACAAUCAUGAUUAUGACACAAUUUAAUUGUGACCGGAGCCGGAACUCCUUAUGCUAAAUGUUUAAACGCGCUCAUGAAAACAAGG